CUCGAGUCGCUCUGUGCCACCCCUCGAGGCUUCUCCCGAGCGGAUGCUGCGCCAGUAGUAACGCGCCCGCCGUACUCCACACUGCUGCCGCGGAUAUCAGUCCCGUUUCACGACACACGCGGACAUCCCUGGUCUGUGUACACGUCCGAAAGAAGAAGAAGAAGGUGUUGCGUGCCGAGCUCUGCAGGAUAUCGAGCGCGAGAUGAGAAUAGCAUCGUCCUGAAUAGAACCAGUGAAGAGCGAGGGAAGGGAUGUCGAGCUGAAUCGAGGAUGAGCUGAAGCACGGAAAUAACGUUUCAGGUCUGGCGUCGCCGGGACGACCGGAAAAGAAAGCAUGGGGCUGUACGUGCCAGGAGCAGCCGCACUGGCCGGGCUCUAUGGGACGGUCCUCGCAGUGGGCAUAUGGGCCGCCACGACGAGGCGUAGGAGGCCAGUCGGAGGAGGCGGGGGAGGAGGAGGAGCUGCGGGACAGCAGAGCCACAUGAUACUGGCCAAUCGUAACGUUGGACUCGUUCUCGGCAUCUUCUCGCUCGUAGCAACCUGCGUCGGCGACACCUUCGUCAACGGGACCGCAGACGCGAUGUACCGCAAGGGCCUGGCCUGGUGCCAGGUGCCCAUCGGCUACGGCCUCAGCCUCCUCUUCGGCGCGCUGCUGUUCGCCAAACCGAUGAGGAAGGCCGAGUACGUGACGAUGCUCGACCCGUUCCAGCAGCACUACGGGGCCCGAGUUGGCGGGCUGAUGUUCCUGCCGGCGCUGUGCGGAGAUCUGUUCUGGUGCGCGGCACUGCUCAGGGCGCUGGGCGCCUCGAUCAGCCUCGUCGCCGGGGUGGAUCCUAGUCUGGGAAUCUGCGCUACCGCCAUGCUCGCGGCCAUCUACACGGUAUCGGGAGGCUUGAGCUCGGUCGUCUGGACGGACGCAGUGCAGCUCGUUUGCAUAGCAAUCGGCCUGGCGAUAUCGGCCCCUUACGCCGCCCUUCACCCGGCAGUUUCGUUCGAGAAGAGCUUAAUGUCCAAGGACUGGCUGGGCGACAUCAGGAACGACGAUCUCGGCGAGUGGCUCGACGCCAUGCUGCUCGCCAUUUUCGGCGGCAUACCCUGGCAGGGCUACUUCCAGCGCAUUCUGAGCAUAAAGAGCGCCUCGUUCGCGAGGACGCUGUCGAUAGCCUCGAUGUUCGGCUGCCUGGCGCUGGCUGUGCCGACGGCGAUGAUCGGCAUCGUAGCCAGAGCGACGGAUCUCUCGCUCGUCGAGCCCUACAACAAGACCGUAUGGCUGGACAACAGCAACGCCGUGUUGCCGCUCGUGCUGCGGUACCUCACGCCGCAGUGGGUUUCGUUCGCUGGCCUCGGGGCUAUCUCGGCCGGUGUCAUGGCGUCGGCCGACUCGAGCAUCCUUGCCAUCAGCUCCAUGUUCUCGAGGAACGUUUACAAGCUGACCAUCAGGCCAAAGGCUACUGAAAGAGAGUUGGAUUGGAUUCUUCGGAUUUCAGUCGCGAUAGUUUCUUUUCUUUCCGCAGCAAUUGCUCUUAGUGUUAGCAGUGUUUACUAUUUAGCCUAUCUGUGCUCCGACCUCGUCUACGUGGUGCUGUUCCCCCAGCUUCUCUCUGUGAUCCACUGGCCUUCCCUGGUCGACUCCUACGGCUGCCUCGCCGGCUACGUCGUCGCCAUCGUCGUUCGGAUUUCCGGAGGCGAAAAGAGCCUGGGCAUACCGGUGCUGGUGGAGUACCCGUUCUACGACUACCGCACCCACACCCAGAAGUUUCCGUUUCGGAGCGCGGCGAUGUUAUCGGCCAUCUUCGCCCAGCUUAUCGUCAGCUUUUUCACGCGCAAUCUCCUCGGGGACGGCUACUUUCCGCGCUGCUGCGACGUGCUCAACGUCUACGCGCCCGGCAACGCCAAGAACGCCAACGGAGUCGUGCAGAGCAGCUCCGGUGCCGCCCUACUCGACUGCGCCAUGAAUGACGCAUCCCCAGGUCAUCUCUCGGACGCUCCGACCCUUUCGAGCAGCCGAACGGACUACGACGCGAGCAGCACCGACACCCAGCUCCAGCAGAGUCAGUCGCAGACGCGCUACGAGACAAUCAGCGUUUUGUACGAAUCGAAGCCACCUCCGGGUUCCGCAGUGCACAAGGCUAAUCAGAGCCUUCAGGGCCUGCACAGUUUACGCGAGUCCAUGAGUCCCAAGUCGCAGACGGCGACUGUGACGGGUCGACCGAAUCAACUGCAUCAUCCGUCGAUGAUAGGCAGUCCCGUAGCACCGGGACAGAUUUUGGGAGUGAAGAACCUCAGCGUGACACCCGCCCACAUGGCCGACCACAUGGGACCACAACCGCCCAGGAUCAUGAGCCCGUCCACGCCGUCAGGGGUUGGGACUACGAGCUUUGGCACACCGUACGCCAAGGUACCAACGACAAUCAUCACCAACGGAAGGCUCGAGGGCGAAAAAGUCGGCGGCGAUCGCAGUAACAUGGAGUUGAAUCUUAAUCUUACCGAUGGCACUGGCAUUGUCAAGAAAAAUAUCAAAGGCGUUAAAUUGAUAGGAAUGGAGGGAGGUACUCUGAGACGACCGUCCCUGCAGGGCACGUUUUCUCCGACCCCAUCGGUGGAAUUGGUGAACAUUUUCGACAGGCGGCAAAGCAGCGGCUCAUAUGGACCAAGCUCCUUAUCACCGAUUCCUGGCGUCGAGGCCUGCAAGACUCACGGUACCGCCGUAGUAGGUCAAGCCGGAAACGAGCACUGCAGGAUAAAACGUGGAAUCGUCAGGCAUCACAGCUUCAAUGACACAGGCGACCGGGCCCUAACGACGCUGGCUCGUCAGCCGAACUACCCGUCGAUGCCUCUGCGCAACGACGACUGCCGCAUGACUCUGCGCAAGGACAACGGCACCUGCGCCAAUCACCAGCAGCAACAGCAACAGCAAAAGAAGACCUGCGGCAAUCAGAUCAAUCGCUACUCCUCGGAGGAGACUGGCCUCAGGCCCGAAGAUGCUGCGACUAGGCUCACGACUCUGCGCAGGGACAAGAGUUGCAAAGCUGCCCAUCACGGCACCAUGAGUCGAUACUCAAGCUCGAUGGACGAGAAAGGAGGACUCAUGGGUCAUCUACUGGUCAGUCCCACAUACAGCAUGUACAACUCGGCGGUCAAGAGCUGCAACUACUUCGUUGCCGACGACGAGGCGGUCAGCCGAUUCUAAGAUUACAUUUUAUUUGGAGGAGUUUGAGGUUUGAAUUUUUUGAACUUUCCGUUUUGUAUUAGGCAAACAAUAAGGAUGAUAACUAUUAGUACUUUACGUUUUUGAUGUGGGAUAUCGUUCGAAAUUAGCACGUCCGUCAAUGUCUUUUUGAAUUGUGUGUAUAAAAAUGUUGCAAUAUCAGUGCCUGCUUUAAAUACUCAUAAUUUAUGGAAAAUGAGGUCUCUAUCGUAUUUCGUCUGCGUUUGAUUAUUUUUAGCCUGUAAGCUUCUCUGUAUAAGGUAUAAAACCAAUUUUUCUACCUUAACUCGAUGAUCUCAAUUGUACUUUUUAUAUAAUUAUUUUCGUGAUAUAAUUAUAGUCGUUAUAUAUACUGUAUAUUAUAAAUGCAGUUUGCAAUACUCAGUCCAAUGCAAUUUUAUUAAAGCUAUAACGAAGUUACAUUCAGUUAUGAUUGUGUGUAUAUACAAAUUAUCGUUUAUUUUUAACUCUUUCCUAAUAUAUAAGUAUGCUAAAAUUUUGGUUUGAAAAAUGACGUGAACAAGAAUAAACAAAAUCUUUGGACUAUACGUCUGCAUAAAAAGAUUUAUGUAAAUAUAUUAUUAUUGAAGUAUUAGCUAGAUUAACAUUUGGACGACUAAUUUUCACGUUGAUGAUCUCAAUAAAUAAUAAUGUAAACGUAAUGACACUGAUCAUAAAAUUGUAACUUACGACUUGCAUUAACGAAAUAAAAAAAAAUUACAAAGAGUGAGAUGGUAUGCAAAGUAAUAUAUAGCAUGUGACCUAAUGCGUUGUGUCUAACAAUAGGGAAACGUCCGACAAUGUGCAAAUUCACGAUAAUCCGACAAAAAAAAACAUAUUUUUGCACCGACAUAGCUAAUUAGCAGCGUAGUUUAUAGAACUGUAUACAUAUGAGAAACCAAGAGAUCAGACUUGAUAAAUGUAAAACUUUUAAACUUUGUAAUCGAUUCAUUAAAAAAUUAAAAAUAACCCCGUGCAAUGAAUACACGCGGCAAUAAACUUAUACUACUAAAAUUCUCAUAAAAUUUAUUAAAAUAAUAAUAAAUUAUUAAAUAAAAAGACAUUUUUUAAAGAAACUAUAUAAAAAAUAUUUACAUCUUAAUUUUGAUAAUAAAAUGUACAAUUUUAAUAUAAAAUAUAACAAUUUGACUUGUGGUAAAAGUCUGCUCUCUUGAAGGCAUUGAAUAAUCGUGGUAACAAAUAUAAUUAUCAGACAAAUUUUGCGCUAAAGUGUUGAACUGCGCGAUUCGUUCGUACUCGAUGUUAAUGUAAUUAAUAUAUUUAUAAGUAUUUAGCGUAGUAUUAUUAAAUGUAUAUGUAAAAGUUUGUAAGCACCGUAAAAGUCCCGUUUCGAUCCUAUACGCGAUCAUCUUUUCUACGAAAUUUCUAUGCCGUAUUAUACUUUUUCUGUGUAUUUAUAUAUUAUAUACACCACGAAGUUUGCUUUGUAAUCUUUUGUAAAAACCUGAAUGCGCUUUUCUAUCCUCAAAAUUUUAAUGUUUCUUAAAAUAUUUAGCAAGGUAUGCGUCAUAGAGGAUAUAUCCUAAAAAUGAAAUUCGAUUCAUAUCAUUGAAGCAAUAUUAAAAUAUACUAUGACAAUUUUUUAUCUUCUAAACGUUUUUAUAUGAAUUUUUUUUCAGGAGUAAUGAAACCAAUUUUGGAACUCAAUUGAAUGGACAAAGUGUUUGCGUGAACUGUAACUAUUUAUACGUUUUACUAAUCAUUAUUGUGCAUGACGCGUUGAUUCGUGUUCAAACGAAGUGUACUAUCAGAAAUGAAAGCCCAUCUUAACUACUUGAUUGAACCAAAUAUUUUUACUUUAAAACUAUGAGUAUUUUUCAAAUAAAGUUCAUACAUUUUUAUACCCUCGUGUUUUUCUAUAUCUCGCAUUUGUAUUAGCGUCCAGUUAUAUUGAUUGAAAAAGACGCAAUUUUUUCUGUACUUUUGUAUAAAAAUGAAAAGAUUAAAACAAAACAAAUUAAAAUCUACAUCUUAUGCCUGUUACCAGUAUUAUGGAUAUAUUAUAAGAAUGCGACGUCGAAUAAAAUGUUCUGUCGCUUGCGUAUCGACGCAAUACUGCAUUACGUAUGAUCUAAUUGUGUAAUGAGAAAGCGCGUUUAUUUUAAUGAAUCUAUCAGUUUUAUUUGUAUGACUUGAGUGUGUAACGUCCUUUUAUGCAAUUUUGACAAAGAACGUUUCAAUUUUAAGCAAUAGAACAGCACAAUUGUAAUUGUAAGUGUAAACUCGUCACUUGAUAAAAGUUUUAAAUGAGCGUGGACCCGAGUAAAUUUGAUGACUGAUAUAAAAUAAAAUUUAUCUUUGAACUAUCAUAUUUUUCAGCGCUUUUUCAAUAUUGUAAAAUAACGUAUUAGGUAAUGCACUUCUCACAAAAAUAAAGAAAUACACACACUUCGAUCUAUUACAUAGUAUCUAUAAAGUGACAUUAUAUAUCCCGGUUGAGUGAUUGUUUUAAAAAGUGCCUCGAACUUUCGACAAAAAUAUAAUAUGGAAAAACAAAAUCGAGUCUUCGAAAAAGUGACACUUCACGUAUACAUAUGCACACUCAGCAGGCACUGCUUUCUUGCGCAAAAUUAUGUAUAAAUAUUCUACAAGUUACCAGAAUAAUAACUAAGUAAAAGUAACGAUGAACGUAGCGAUUAUUAAAGAAAAAUAUACAUAUAUACAUAAAAUCACAUACAUACAUUCCGAUCGUAUAUAAAUAAAAUACCUAUAUUUAAAUCCGACACGCAGUAGAGGCGUCAAAGUAUGUAUGAGUUUCCUUUCCGGAACGAUAUCGCUGCAACGCGACAUCGUCAAACGUGAAUCACGUGCCAAAGCAUAGAACUUAAUAAUUUAGUAUGUAGGGUAAUGCUCAGCUCUUAUUCUCAAAAAACCAUAAUGGCAUAAGGGAAUUUGAUAAUUCUGCGCAUUACCGAGCGAAAUAAGUGCUGCGAACCGCUUCACUUUAUCUUGGGGUACCUGAAGCAAAAUUAUGGGGGAUAAUUUUUUGUAUCCUUUUUCAAAGUUAGCAUAUGUGUUAAUAAUUCCGUUUUUAAUACUAUAGAACUUAUUCAUUUACAUUAGAAAAUAAAGUUUUACAACAAUUCGAUAAAUUAAUUAACAAAACUGCAAUUAAGUUAGCAACUACCCCAAUAACACCAUAGAUGUAAUUUUAUGGCAACAUGAUGUAAAUCUGUUUUACAACAAUUCGAUAAAUUAAUUAACAAAACUGCAAUUAAGUUAGCAACUACCCCAAUAACACCAUAGAUGUGAUGUUUUGUAACUGUCCAGUGAACAAAAACGGACGCAGAUUGACAUCAAGUUGCUAUCAAAUUGCACACUGUGUUAUUGGGGUAUGGGAAAUGCUGACUAAAAUACAUACGAUGUAAAAAUGUACUUCUCAACACUGAUCCUAAGUAUUUUAAUUUUGCUUUAGGUCCAUUCUUUAUUGUGAAUUAGAACUAGAAUAACAAUGAUUAAGGAAUGUAAUAAUAAUAAUAAUAAAACAAAUAAUAAUGAUAAUAAACAUAAUAAUAAGUCAUUAGGUCUAAGUGUGUAAGUUGUUCGAUUUAAUGACUAUGAAACUAUCCACUGCGACUUUUAGGUUGUAGCGUAAAUAUAUUCGUUUUCUUAAAUGAAUUUUUUUCUAGACUUGUUUUUUUUUUUAACUUUAUCCUUGUUGAAUCACUAUGUGUACUUAUUUGCGUUACCGUUUAUUAUAACAUUUCGAAUUUAUCGAUUACUCUGUUCGAUAAAAUGAUUAUUAAAUAUUAUUGCUGCUACUAACAUCAUUAAUGCUACCCAGAUGUUUUGUACAACCGUGACUGUAAAAAAUAUAAUUAAUCGAUAUAGAAACUCAAAUAAAAUUUUCUAGUCCAGUA